AUGAAGCUUUACUAUGCCAUCUCACUGAUGGCAGUGUUUGCUCAAGCCUCAGCUGCUCGACGUCCAUCGUUUUACAGCGAUUUAAGUGAAUGGAAGGACUGCUCCGAGUUCUACUCGACAUCGAGCGCAAACCCAACUAACACAAAGGCUGAAUGCGCUGUCUACAGUGCGCCGCUUUGUUAUCGUGGAAUUUGUAAGACACCAAAGCAUGUGAAACCGACAGUCGACAUUUUGGUGAAGCGGAUCCCUGCUGAAGGCAACCCAGACAGUGCAACGAAUCUCUGGAUGCUGUCAGGUGUUGACGGUGCUUCUUAUGGUGAUAAGGUACAUUCACGAUUGAGUGGAAAGGUGAAUGUUUAUACGAUGGACCAACGUGGAACCGGUCGCAGUACAUUGCUGGAUUGCAUCGAAAUGCCUACGAUUACCACCGCGUAUUCAUCGAGCAGCAACUUUAAUGUAUCGCAAGUCCCUGCGUGUGCUCAUGCUUUGGAAAAGAAAUACGGACCCCUUUCUUCAUUUUCGAUCACGAGCGCUGCAACGGAUGUGGUAACUUUCAUUUCCGACUUUUCGAAUGGUAUGAAUACCAUUGUGUGCGGCAUAAGCUAUGGUACCAUGGUUGUAGAACGGUUAAUUCAUCUCAACCCCCGUGAAGUGACGGGGUACGUUCUGGAUAGUGUUUUCACGACUUCUGGAGCACCACGAGACAAAACCUUGUACGUUUCAGCUUCGUACACUAAUUAUGGAAAGGUGGGUGAUACCUUCAUGGCAUUAUGCGAGACGGAAAGCAAAUGCAGCAAGCAUUUUGUGCCAAACAAUCUGCAAGCCACGCUUCAAGAUUUAAUCACAAAGUUUGAUGAAAAUCCGAAGUCGACGUGUGCUGCUCUUAUGAGCAAAUUGAAUAGCGACCAGAGUAGCCAUCCAGCCUCUUAUGUGUUGCGUCAGAUUCUGGGAAAUUUGCUCCUAGACGCUAGUAUACGCACGUUUAUACCCCCUCUGGUAUAUAGACUGAAUCGUUGCGAGGCCAAGGAUGUCGACGUGUUGACACAUUUCAUUGAGCUUAUUGUAGAAAUCAAUGCCCAAGGGGACAACGACGACUCGUCGUAUGUUCUACUUUACUACCUCAUCACUUUUUCUGAGAUGUGGGAAAGACCGCCGCCAUCUAUUAAAGAAAUGAACCUGCGGUACACGAAUGCGCGAAUGACGAACACUUGCGACGGUGGUCGUUUCGAUGUGCCGCUCUACUGUGCUUUCUCGAAAGAAGAAUCAGCGGUGUGCGACAAACUUGAUGUCGGAAACUACGUUGGCAAUGGCAUUGUCUACGCAGUUGACAAGUAUUGGAAUACUAGUGCUAAGAUUCCUCCUCAAGCUAGUGUUCUUUUGCUGAAUAGUAAACUGGAUGCGCAGGCGCCGCAAAAAUUUGCUAAACAUUUGCUUAAAUUACUAGACGGUGACAAGAAGGAGUUGAUCACGUUUGAGGAUUCUGUUCAUAUCGCCAUGAUUUCCACUCACUUAGGCCAAGGUAGUAAAACGUGCGGCAUGAAGCUACUGGUAUCAUACGUGACCAAUGACGGCGAUUUGGAGCGUCUUGACAAGUCUUGCGUCGAUGAGAUGCCCGCGCUAUAUGCAAGUGUUACCGGUCCAACUUCAAGCACAAGCUCAGCAGGACAGGUGCUUCAGCGUGAUGAGCACCAAGACUAA